AUGGCCCAUACAGAAGUAAUCUCUGGUGGUGGUGGUGGCGGUAAUGAAAAUAAUAAUGAUAUUAUUGUUUCUGUGUUGACCCACCCCCUUGAAGAUUCCCAAUUAGUUUCACAAGAAAAUGGUGGGUCCAAAUCAGAACCUCAGGAAUCACUCCAUCUGGUGCUGAAUGAAGCUACUGUUAUGUCGUCUCAGGAUGAUAUAGAUACCAGCGAAGGCACAGCCAAUUCCAUUCAUGAACCUACCCCCACCAAUAACAAAGGUGAUUCAUCAACAUUAAUGGAUCAACAACAACAGUCAACCCCUCCAGAAUUUCUGACUCCUCCAAAGAGAAAGACUACUAACUUAUCUACUCAAGCCCCAACAACACCUCAGGAGUAUAUUCAAACAUUUCACCAUAACUCGUCGUCACAUUCACAUGCUGGAUCCCGUAACAGCUCAUUAAUGGAAUACUUUUUAGAAGCUCCAUCGCCUGCUAACUCAGAAGCUUCCACCGUUAGGUAUCCUGAAAUCGCCCGAAAGUUAUUCAACGAAGAGUUUGUGUCGAUCCAACCGGAAGAAUAUACUCAGUUCAUUGCUGCCAAUGAUGAAGAAUCAUCUAUCAUUAGAAUGCAUUACAUGGACCUUUUCAAAUGGAAUUCGAACUUGUUAAAAUCAACAAGAACUCUUUGUUCCAAGUUAUAUUUAAAAGGGGAGUCCCAAGAAAUUGAUAGAAUCCUUUCAAGUUUCACCAAAUCGUACUUGAAACAACAUCCCAAAAACGUCUUUCAAACUCAAGACUUUGAAAAGAUUUACAUUGUCAUUUAUAGCUUGAUCUUAUUGAACACGACGUUGCACAACUCCGAAGUCACCAAGAAGUCAAAAAUCAGUCAAGCAGAUUACAUUAGAAACACCUUCUCAACGUUUCUACAACAGAAUUCCAAAUCUUCCAAACCCUUGGACUUGAAACAAAGAAUCAUGAUUGAAGGUGAGUUGUCCAAGUACUAUGAAUCGUUGGCCAAGAAUGAAUUGCAUUUGAAACGAGAAUCUAAACGCAAUAAACAAUUCAGAAACUCAAUGAUAUCUUCCCACAGUAGUAGUCAUGAGUAUAGAUCUUCAAAUGGUGCAGGCUCUUCUUCCGGUACGACUUCUACCUCUACUACUAAGAACAAACCUCAUCCACCUUUACCUGCGUCACCUACCACCAGAAUGACGCCUGCAAGUACCAGAAAGGCACACAACCAACAACAACAGCUGCAGUUGCAGAUGCUCGAUACCCCAGAUGGAACUCAUCAACACGUGAUCCCUGGUACUUUCCCAGACCCACCUAAGGAGUCAUGGAAUGCUUCUCCGAAUAAUGAUAGUUCUGAAACUAUUGGCAACACAAAUAGCCAUGAAAUCGAAAAGGUUUCACUGAAUGGUAACGGAGGAAGUGAUUCUACUACAGUACCAGAAGAAUUGGACGAUCAAUUAGAACAGCAGUAUCAAGAUGAUGGUCCGCUUCACUCUUCGAACGCUAUUCCACCCAACCUCAUUUCAAGACAAAUGUCCGCCUCUUCGGCGUGGUCCAGUGAAUCAGGUCCAAGACGGCCAUCAUUGCAAAUGAAUAGAUGCGCUUCAAAUCAAUCACAGGUCUCUCACAUGACUUCUGUUUCUCAUAAACCACGCAAUAAGCGGGUUGGGUUUACCAGAGCAUUAAUCUCAGACCAGAACAGUCUUUAUCGUAAUGGCAAUGGGUCCCGUGUAUCCACUGCGGCCAGCUCUAUUCGUACAGCAAGAGCUUGUCUGGUUGAUAAUCGCUCCCAACAGAAUAAUAUCAACAUCAAUGAAAUCAUAUUGAACUCUGGUAAUGGACACCACCGUCGUCGAAGCUCUCAAUCCUCCAACCAUGGAACACAUGGAAACUCGCAACCUAAUGGCGUUGUUUCAACUGCUACUCAUUCGGUUCAAGGUGUGUUGAACAAACGUGUUUCUCGUGCCAGCAUAGUUUCCAAUGAAUCACUGGUGUCAUAUAAUGACGAUACUUUAUCAAUGAUCUCAUUGGACACUGCUGACAUCAAUUUAGGUAAUCAAUUUGAACCUGAACAAAACAUCGAAGAAUUUAAUGUCGAUGACUAUCAAGAUUAUUAUGACUUGACAUUAGAAUUACAAGGUGCACCUUAUUUGAAGGAAGGUUUAAUGAAGUUGAAAGUGAUCAACAAUGACCACGAUGAUAAUAGUAGUUUGGGUGACGGUUUGAGUUCUUCUGUUGAGCUGACCAAUGGAAGUGUUUCAUCAUCAGCAAGCAGUGGACGAUUCUUUUCCUUCUUUAAGAAGAGUGGAGCCAAAAGUGGCGAAAUUAAUGCUUCUUCUGAAAACUUGGGUCUACUUCCUACAAAAUUCACUGAACAGUUUGUUGUUGUUUCGAAAGGUCAGCUUUCAUUAUAUUCCUUUGAUCCUAAGAUCAUCAAGAAGUAUCAAAAGAACUUGAAGAAGAUCAAGAAGAAGGUGCAAUCCAAUCAUCAAAGUCGUCUUGGAGGUCGGAAAUUGUUGGAUAAUUUCAUUCUUGAUGAAGAUGUCAAUAUGGCUGAUGAAGAGAACAUUGCAGACAACAGUACAGGUGCUGUUGGAGAUGGUAAUUGGUUAAAGAAUGCCGCAAACAUUGGUGUUUACAAUUUGUGUUCCACUUUCUCUCAAGUGGAGAAAUUGGAAAACACUCAAGGAGCUGAUUCGAAUAUGGUGCUUUGGUCCCUAACAUUCCCCAAGGUAUCCAAGAAAAAGCCUAAGAAGUUUCUUUUCGAGGCUGGAACUCGUGAAAUCGCCUUAGAGUUUGUUAAUACUUGUAACUUCUGGGCAUCCAAAAUAACUGCUAUUCCUACCUUGGAAGAGAGUGUUUCUUCUAUUGAAUACGGCUGGAACGACCUUGACCGGUUAAUUCAGACUCGCGAACAAUUCAAGAGGAUUAAGACUAUUGAGAAAUGGGAGCCAACUAUCAAAGGAGUUUAUCUUUCAAAUUAUGUUGUUAGUGGACAAUCUCCAGAUAUCAAGGGAGAUCAUUUUGGUAUGAUGAAGCAAUUUGUCAAGACUUUGAGGUAUUACAACCAUUUGAAGAAGCUAUACCAUGACUUUGCUAUUUUAAGAGAACGAUUUAAUGAUAACUUCCCAAUUAAAAAGUAUAGUUGUUCUAAUUAUACUAAGAUCAUUAACAACUACAACGCAAAGAUAGUUGAGUACCGAAACGAAUUAAAAAAAUAUAAGCAUUAUUUAAUCAUUUUAGGGUUCGGUUUGCAGUUACGUUUUGACUUGGAAGAAGAGGACCGGUUACAGGAAUUGGAUCAGACAUUAAAUUCAGAAGGAUAUGAAGGUUCUGAUAAUAAAUCUGUAGCCAAGGCUGCAAACAAUAAUUCACCAACAUUAGUUGCUGAAGAUGAAGAUGACUUGACCAAAUUGGUGAAGAAGGAGAUUCAUCAAUUAUUCUCUAGUUUAAAGGACUUAGAUAAGAAGAUCCCAUCAUAUGAGUCAAGUAAAUCUUUACAGAACAUUGUUGAAUUGACUAAACUUAAGGUCCCACCACCUGAAAACUUGGAUAUCCAACCAACCAAUGAAGACGAUGUUCCCUUCCAUCUUGUUAAGUCGCCUAAAACGUUUGCGUUUUCUGAGUUUCAAGAUAUUGAAAGUCCCGUUUCUCAACUCUUAAAGUCCGGGGGUGCCUCACCAGUUGAACCAGCUUCUGCAGGUGGCGGUGAUGCUGGUACUGCUGGUAUUGCUGGUGGAGAUAGCAACACACCAGCCAAGACCAUCACUCAUAGUUUCAGUACUAACACCAUUCAAGAAGAAGAAGAACCUGAAGAUGAUGAGAUGAACAACACUACUAUGAUGAACACUACAAGCCAAAGCAAUGCUUCUAAAGGCAUUGCUAGUACUGUUUUGGUCGUUGAGGCUCAUGAAGCGUUCGGCGAUAGUGCUACUAAUUUAGAAGUUGUUGCUUCACCAGAAACUAAGAUUGAAAAGGUUUCUGAAAUUGUUAAGGCCAAGGUAUCACCUACAGUGCACAUUGUUAAUGUUGGCACUAGUGCUCCUGUAUCCAGCAACUAA